CGAUAGAGGCCGCUAGGUAGGUCACACUGGGCUAGCUGAAUAUUUUCUCGGGGUAUAUAAACCCUAUCGCUGUGACGCUCCUUCUUGCGAUGAUGACUUGACAACGUAGCUACGCCUGUGUUUUAAGAUUCGUCCCAAGCUACGUCAACAAUCCUCUAGCCUCAAAUUUUAGGUACACAAACAAUCAUUUUUUAUCACAAUGCACGCCAUCAGCAGCUUGACGUCCAUUAUCACCCUCCUCCCCAUCGCUCUAGCGAUGCCUCACGGGCGGCAAGUAGUUCACGAAUUUGAUCUGACCGAGCUACAUGGCACCUUCCCAUCCGAUGGGCCCUACGGCACAGGUCCAAUCAACUCCUCUCUCAGCAUAAAAGUCACAUACCCGGACCCGUCAUCCACAGACGGCGCCAACCUCACGACGACUUGCAGCUACGCUUGGCCCGCCAGUGUUAGCCCAGGCCCCAUAGAUUGGACUGCAUGCGAGGAUCCAUCGGUGGCAUGGCGCCUCAAUAAUUGGACAAGCUCUGGGAACUACCGCGUUGAGCUUUAUCAAACGCUGACGGCAGACGGCGCGGGUCUAGAUGCCUCACACCAGCUCACCGUCGCCCCAGGCAUGCCCAGCAACCCCAACGCGUAUCUGAGCUGUCUCCAGAUGGGCAAAUUCACGCCUACAGUCUGCCAGAUUAACGGCCCGCUAAGCGCUCUGCCCGGCCCUGUUGUGAUGUAUGCGAGCGAGGAGGCCGUGAGGCCGAACUAGGUUCCCCGGGAUUUUAG